GGAGGGGGUGUAGGUAUGCACAGACAUAUACAUGCUUGUACAUCAGUGUGUUUAUUAAUGCAUAUGAUUCCUUCAACCCACAUACACGAGUGUGCAUGCGCAUGAGUUACGUCAAAAAUUGGUAGAGGUGAAAGAGUACGCGAGAUCUUAACAGAUGGGCGCUUUCCGGAAUUUUAGGCAUGAUGUGGAUUUCCAAAAUACAGAUACGCGUACACGACCACAUACAUAACUGAGUUUAUUAGCAUAUUUAAGCUGAUAUGUGUGUGUCGUGAAUGUAGCUGAAUUUCUGGAAUAUUACGAAGGAGUAAGCUGUUCUGUGCACUCUUUAGGAAUCAGAUUAGAAACAUCAACCGGCGCUCUCACUUGUAUUGGGGUUUGACAUCUACACAGCUUACAAGCACUGGCAGCAUGGUGACACCAUCUGGUUCUCAUUUACAGUUGUUUUCAUCUGUGUUCCAUCCUUUGUAAUGACAGGAGUUUCCUUACACUGGUACGUCAAAGAUGCAGACAACGAAAAUGUGCCCAGGGCCUCAGCGUCUCGCUGGGCGGUUCGAAUAUUGUUCCAUAUUCUGCAGCUUGGCCCUAUACUCAGAUAUAUAGAUUCCUUGUGUUAUGGCCUCAUCAGUCGCAAAUACAUGAAAGAGAGAGAUCGAAAACGCCAGAUUGAAUAUUAUACCUACAUGCUGUAUGAAGAUGGUGACUCGGUUUUCCUUAGACUGUUUGAGUGCUUCAUGGAAGCGGCUCCACAGCUUGUCCUGCAACUGUACAUCCUGUCACUUGUGCGCAAAUCGGAAUAUGGAUCAGAUUGGUUUUAUCUUCUUUGCUUGGGAUGCUUCACUUCCCUUGUAAGCCUUGCGUGGGGAGUGACUGCCUUUGCUCGAGGAAGUCGUUUCACCAGUAUCGAAAAAACUAAUAUAUCAAUGCUUGGUUCCUUCGUUCUUAUGCUGUGGCAUCUCUUUAGUAUUAGUGCGCGAGUUACAGCAAUGGUACUAUUUGCCUCCGUCUUUCGACCCUUCCUAUUCAUAUUCUGUGGGGUGCAUUGGCUUAUCAUGGUGAUGUGGCUCAUGGCUCGCAGAUCGCUUAGUGUCAUGUGCAGUUCAGUCCUUGGUGAGAUUGGUCUAAGUUUUGUUUUGGGUGUCAUCUACAUCUUUGUUUUUAUUAACGAAAAGGAAGAAGAUACCAAGAAGAAAUACGUUUUUUUCUAUACUAUAUUCGGAAUAGAAAACACAAUAAUGGUAGUUGUAUGGUUGGUUUACGCAAAUACAACUGUGUGGUACUAUAUUCCAGGUGUUGUUUUCCACUUUAUGGCCUUUAUACUGGCUCUCGUAACUAUGGGACUAUACUAUGGCUGCUUCCACCCGACGUUGCCUUCCAUAUGUUCAAGAAGAAAGCCAGAAAUGGACUGUGACGCAGAAGAGAAAGGUGACGCCAAAGAAAUUACAUCCCAGACAGUGAUGUGAUCUUUACAAAGAAAUGGUAACUGCAUCUUUAGAGAUUUUUGUACUAUAUGAAUGUGUAGACAUUUGAGGUUAGUAUGUAUGCAUUACAUAAUGAUAAAUUUUGUGAAUUCAAGUUUAGGGAUGUGUUUGUUUAUGUAAUAUUAUAUUAUUUCCUCAUUGUUAUUGAAAGAUUGUUGUUGAUAUAUCACUCUUUUUUUUAUUUAAGUUGUAACUGAUUUUAGUUGUCUGUCAGUUCCUAAUAAUCAUUUGUGUAUGAUCAUUUCUGUUUUGAAACACUGCUUUUAUUAUUCCAAUGAAACAAGGAACUCACUGUAGCACAAUGAAUACCCCCAAAAAAUUGCUUUUGAUUAGAAUGCUGCACAGUGCUUUGUUUCAGUUUAUUUUUUUCUUCUGUAUGCUUAAUUGAAAGUUGUUUUUUCUUUACAUAGGAUCAGUGUAGGGGAAAAAGAUUUUUUUUUAAGGAGCAGUCUUUCAACCUGUAACUGAAAGUACAAUGAAUCACAUCAUAUAUAGUUUGCUGUCCAGAUACUUUGUAUAGAAAUUUCCUGUGAAUAUGGUAAAGCUUGUCUAACAUGAUGUAUUAGCACACAUGGCAAGAAUUCAUUAGAUUUCGCUAUAAUUCAAUUUAUAUUUUACAUUUUGAUAUCCAAAAAUUAUAUAAGCUCAAGUAUUGUAUAGCACAUUUUUGUAUAUUGCAAAUAAUAUAGCUAUUGUCAUUUUGUAGUUAUCUUUAGCAGUAUUUUUAGAUAUGUGAUUUAUAUUAAUAUACUAAUAUAUAAAUCUGCCAGUAUUAUAGGUGAUCUGAUUUUAAACUGAAAUACUUUAUGAAAUUAGAUACUGACAAAGUAACUGCAAGGAAGUGAUUAUUAUUUUAGUUUAUCAGAUUAUGUAUCAGAUAUCUACUCAUGUAUAUUUAAUGAUACUGCAGUAUUUUCAUUAGGUUGAUUCCUCGGUAAACCACUACAUGCCAAGGUUUCUCUAUGUGUUAAUUUGUGUGAUGUGUCUUAAACUGCAUUUUUUUCCAACAUCUACUUACUAAAACUCCUAAACAAUGCGUCCAAAUCUUGUAAACAGGUUAUCAUUAUAAAGUGCUUCUGCCUGGAACAAUGUGGCAUUAAAUUGGAUUGGUGUGUUUUAAGAUAAGAUGCAGCAACUUGUUGAAUGAAGCUGGCAAAAAGUCUGUUCGUUCUCACUUCAGGCAAUGACGCCCAGCAGAUUGGCCAGGGAACGCCUAUGUCUCAAUAAAUGAUACUUAAUGCAGAGGGUGUUUGGGCAUUAAAGAGAGCAUUAUAGGGGAAUCUAGGAAUGGUUCAUAUUUCCAUUCAUAAUUUUGGCAGAGAUUUGCUGAUAUGAACAUGUAGGCCAGAAUUUACCUCUAAUUAUAAAAGAUAAUGCUACAAGGUAUUUAUUUAUGUUCUUAAUGACAAUUGGGAAGUUGUUAGCAAAUUUUACGAGAUAUUAGUAACUGUUGAAAAAAUGAAGUACAUGCGGAUUAGAAAUGUGAUAUCCCAUACAAUAAUUAGAGAUGAGGAUCAUUUUUGUGAAUCUGAACAAGGAUAUUUAAGUUAUCUCUAGUAAAUAAUAAGUAUUAGAAGUGAGCUAGUGUUUCCAGCUACAAUAAUAAGGCUUUGUCUCAAAUCAAAUGAUAGAUGAAAUAGAAUGGUAGUAGAUGAAAGAGAAUGGUAUGGAAUUAUCAGCAAUAUUUACACCUCUUUUGAUACCGAUAUAGUAAUGAGCUAAAAAAAAAAAGGGAAAAAAAGAAAAAAGUCAAUAAAGCUGUUAUCAAUGCUAUGGCAUGUUUCUACUUACUGUGACUAUACGUGAUUUAUAAAAAUGUGUAGUAAAAAAGAUAUCACAGAAUUCCUCUUGCACAAUGGUAUUUUGUAUUAUUGAAAAUUUAUGCAGAUACAUAUUUUUUUAUAUUGUUUUUCUGUGUAAAAUAUAGGAAAUUUUAAACAACUUUUGUACUUUUGUACUUUUUAUACCAAUACAUUUUAGAUUAAUUUAUACCAGUAGAAGCAACAGUACAUCAAUAGCCACUUUUUAUGAUUUGAACUGGCUAUUUGAGUCUUUCUCAAUGCUGCAGUUCUGCCAUGUGUUCAUUUUUGUAUCCUUUGGCAAGGUAAAUGUAGCUGUUAUUGUUUCUGUGAUAUUUAUAUGCACAAGAGAUUUGUAAUAGGUUUUCAGGAUGCAAACGUAAUAAAAACAUUGUCGAAAAGGAGACUGGUAGUCAUUUACUUAAGGGGGACCGUCCCAGGGAAUGAUGACCUUUCCCUACUCAUUUCAUCAUAAAAAAAAUUUGGUUGGAGAUAACUCGUUGAUUCUUUUUGCAUAGUAUAGGUUACUGAAUUUUGACCUUGCUUCCCCAAAAGUAAAAAAAGAAAUAUAUAUUUUUUUCUCUUCUUUGGUACAUUAUCACGCCCACAGUUUUUUCCAGAACAAUCCCAAAAAUAUUCGUGUUAGAUCUAUCCGUCUAAAGCCGUGUAAAUUGCCAAUUUUUGAAUUUCCUUUUUUGUGGGCGGGGGACUGGUUGACAUGGAGUACUAUUUUUGGUCUAUUUUUUCAGCAUUAAAAUAAAAUAUAUAUAUAUUUUUUGAUUAAGGCAAAAAUUUAAAAAAUUGGCAAAAUACACGGACUCAGAGCUCUGAGGCUCUAGCGAAAGCAACAAACUGCAUUUGAAUCACACAAAAAUUUCAAGCGUGAUGAUGUACCGAAGGUCAUGUAAACAAAGAACAGAGAUAUGACAUGUUAUAUUUUGGCAGCUUGCCAAAGUUUGUCUUUUGUGAUGUGAUGAUUACCAAGUCAAUCAGAAUUAUCAUUUUCAAUAGGGAUGCUUUCCUACAAAAGUAUGUAAUUUUUUUGUUUGUUUGUUGAAUAUAAAAGUAGAUAUUUUUGUCUGAAAAGUUAAAUAAAUGCAUUGAACCAUAGAGACAACUAGUCUAAACCAGAAAUGGAGAACUGUGGAUGGCAACAUUAGUACAAACUCAUCGUAAUUAUAAAGUCCUUGCAUGAAUACAAUAGUGGUUGUUCAUUUUUGAGAAUUUUAAAAGCAUAUGAAUUUAGUACAUGGAAUUUGAGAAUUUACUAAAGUAGUUGAAUUUUUCCCAUGCUCCAAACAGGGAGGGGGGGGGAAAUGGUCACUGGGCGUUUAUAAUUUUCGAGGAGGAUCAUAUGUAUGUAAACACACGCACAUAAAGUUAAGAAAAAAAAAAUCAUCGUCAUUUAGUAGGCCUACAUUGACUUAAACCUAAAGGAAUAAAAUAUAUUAGUUAUUCCUCUUAAAUUGUUUUCUUCGAUUGCAGUCAUCUUCCCAACCUACACAUUUAAAUACCCUCUACCUCCUUAAUCUAGUGUUCUCACUACAGAUUUAUAUGCAAUCCUCUUUGCCUUAAAACAUAUAUACUCUCUCUCUUCCUCCUCUUUCACAAUUUUUACGGACUCUCGAAACUCACUCACUCUCAUAAAGUCCAUACACUCAACUAACCCCCUUGUCUGCAAAAUUCAAGACUGGCUAUUUUACCUUGCACAUGAUAUAAAACUUAUCAAAUUUUGCUGGGUACCUUGCCAUAUAGUAAAACCAGCAAUUAAAGAGCAGACAGUCAAGCUCGCUCAGCCACUAAGUCCACAUCACAUAACCCCAAUUUCUCAUAAAUCCUAGUCAUAGAUUAUUACCCUCAUUUUAAAAUCUUUCUUUAUACACGAUGGCAAACCUUCUGGGCAGGUUUUACCACCAAUAAAUUACAUUCAGUAAAGCCAACAAUCACCUGGUCAACUUCCUUCCAUAAGAACAGACGCUGGAAAACAGCCCUAUCCCGCUAACAUAUUGGCCACACACGCCUCACGCACUCAUACCUCAUGUCACGAUCAGACCCACCCCUAUGUUUCUCCAGUAAUGUUCCCAUUUCGGUUUCACACAUCCUACUGUCCUGUCCACGUUUCACCACAACCCGUACUGCUGCUAUUCCUCACCUAUCUUCCCUACAACGACCUCCAAACCUAUCAGACAUCCUGAUGGAGAAUCCCAUACUCUCUGCAUUGAAAACCUAAUCUCCUUCCUCAAAAACAUACACAGCCUUCACUUGAUCUUCUCUCCCGUUUAUGCUUAACUUAACCCGAUCACUCUCCUCUCCACCUCUGCCUAACUAUAUUAUCCCUUUACGUACCAUCCUCCUACUACAUAACCACUUGCGUAUAACACCUAACCAACAACCCAUCCCUAUCUCUACCCUUUUCAGUUAUUAUACGUCCUAUAGUGCUGUAUGGCCUCCGAUGUCUAGCACAUUAAUUUCACCUUGUGAUUUGUUCAUUCUUGUAAAAAGUUCUCAGGUAAAAUCUGUAAUGUUCAAUAAAACUUAACUACAUUUAA